UGUACACGGUGUCUUAUAUGUGGUACUCGGGUAUUGGUGUGGUAACAGUGGUAGUGGUGGGAAUGAUUGUCAGUCUUAUAACUGGUGUUACUGAUACCUCAAAGUUAAAUCCAAAACUGAUAUGCCCUGUGUUUGACAUAUUCUUCCCGUAUUUACCAGAAAGUUGGAGAAAACCACUCCGGUUCGGAGUUAGGCAUGGGGAGGACAUAGAAGAUGAGCCUGAUACUAUAGAGAAGAGGAAAGAAAAGGAUUGCCAGUCUACAUUUUAAAUGAAGAAAUCCGUCCUUACAUUAUCAACGGAAAAUCUCAGCAAAUCAAUGGACAUGACAAUAUUGCCCAUGUUGACCCUACAUAUGAUACAAAACUUUAAAUCACCGUUAUCCAGUCACAUUAUAUAU